AUGCACACCGUGCGGGAAACGACUAUAACUACACGCAGCAUCGGCGUGGCCUACAGCACCGAGCCAUCACCGACGCACAUUCUCACCAAUCUGCCGCCGCCAUCCACGCGGACAGGGGCGCGAGCCAGAGAACUUCGAGCCAAUGCCUCAGACUUCACAUCCACAGUGACCCUCUACAUCGGUCCCAAACGCACUCCCUUCAGCAUCCACACCUCCCUUCUCGCCAGGCAAUCGCCCUACUUCCGUGCCGCGCUCACAGGCCCAUUCCUCGAGUCUACAACCAAGAUUAUAACGCUCGAUGAUGUGAGCCCAGACCAUUUCCAACUCCUCGUCUCCUGGCUGUACACUUCCUCUAUCCCCGCGCCCUUCAAAGACGGAAAACCAGCGUACUACACCCUCCUCCACCUGUACAGCCUCGCCGACCGCCUCUGCGUCGAGGGCCUGCGCAACGCAGUCGUAGACUCAAUCGCCGACCUCGCCGACCGCACGAACUCAGUGCUGACGCCGAGCGAUACGCGCAUUCUGUACGAAGGGAUCCGCGACUCUGCAUCGCUGCGUGAUCUAGUCCUCGAUCUGUUUGCGUUUAAGAAGACGGAUAAACUGGUAGAGGGCCAUGUGGACGCCUGGCACGCCGCGUUCCUCCGCGACUUGUGCGUGCUCCUCAAACGUCCUUGCGCGCAGGCCAUGCUCAGGCACAAACUAGGAAUGUGGUGCCCGGAGUCCUGGCACGACGCUAGGAGCUGUGAUAACUGUCGCAGCGUGCUGCAGCCUAGGUUCGGCGCUGUGGCGUGUGAUGACUGCUGUUUGAGUUUCUGCACGAGGUGUGUGGAGGAUGGUGUGGCGAUGGCCGGGUGGGAUGAUAGGAGGGAGAAGGAGGAGGGCGAUGUGAUGGGUACGACGGAGGGUGCGGGGGAGAUUAAGGUGAAGAAGGGCAGGAAGUGGGAGGUUUGUAGGCCGUGGAGGGGCGCGAGGUGUGCGUUGUAUCAUGAGCAUGAUGAGACGGAGAGGUGUGGGGAUAUCUCUAUGGGGAGGUGA